CGCGACGAGGAAGUGCUGUUGUUGUCGCGCUUGUCCUUCACGUCCUCCAUCCCCUUCAUGUCGUUACAAAAGUGUACCUACCGUACGUUGUUUUUGAAGCUAAGCUGUGGUGAUUGUCUUUUUUAAUGGAGUGACGAGGGGAAGAGAAGAAGUGGGUCGGAACCGCUGAGUCGUCUUUUUAUUUGUUUGGCUUUUUAUUCGGUGAUCAGGAAUGGCGGCUCCAAACUCAGCGCAGAGGAAGGCCUGCUGGGACGCCAGGGAUCAACUCUGGCAAUGUUUGGACGACAACAACGACAAGACUCAAUCCUGCCAGCAGGUCCAGGGAGACUUCGAGGCCAAAUGUCCAGCUCAGUGGGUGAAAUAUUUCACCAAGAGGAGAGACUUCCUGAAGUACAAAGAGAAGAUGCAGACAGAAGGCUUCACACCUGCUGGAGGCCCACAAGUAAACUCCUAACUCCUACCAAACAGGAACUCUGGAGACUGACUUUUAAUCACAUGAACUCCUGAGUGGAGUUUUCAUCGUGAAUACAAAAACACCUCACCUUUACCGUUAUUUAUGUGACAAGGUUUGAAUCCUAAGAAUUGCGCAACCUGGCAAGUUAUUGGACAUUGUUCCUUAGAAUUACUUAAAUAAUGUAUUUUUCUUUUUUCUGCAAAUUGGUCUUAAUGGAAAAUCAAGACCAGUGGAAUCCACCCAGAAGUGGCUGUGCAGUUUGUAUAACCGGAUCAGCUGUUUCUGUCGCAGAGCAUUCAGGAUUCUGGAUUAUGGCCACUCUGAAAAAACAUCAACAUUCACUACAGUUUUGGAAUAAACCAAACCAACAGGGUGAUUUUGAUGGCUUUUAUUGUCGCACAUGUAUAUUGUUUUCUAACUCUAGCGUAAUAUGAAUACCCUUUCAGGAUAAAACAGCUGAUUUGAGAAUGUUACAGGUAAUUAGAAACGGGCAAAAAGAAACCAAACAAAAAACACAUUGUGUUUAUAUUACAAAUUAGUGUGUAUUUACAAAGGAGUGUGGCCUCCAGAUCAAAGGUCUUCAAUGAAACCAUUGCUAGAAACAGGGUUCCUACAUUCUGGAGUUUGAUAAAAGUUCUUGGUGUCAAA